AUGGAUAACCAGUUUACCGUUGGUGUGGAGUGGGAGUUUUUCUUCUAUUUCAUCGCUGGCAAUCGGCGCGACCCCUGGGAGGGGUUGGAUGCACCUGCGGCAAAUCUCACCCAGCCAUUGUUCCGCACCGACAAGGCCUGGGGGUUUGGAGCCAGGGAGGAAGUGCAUAUGCUCAUCAGGGACCUCAUCGAAACCGAUUCGGAACUCCAAGCAUUGCUGCCGGCGCGCGUGCUAACACACUAUACCUUCUAUACCGAGCGGGUAUUGACAGACGAGCUCUCCCACCACUGGAGCGUGAAGCGGGACUGUUCCCUUAGGCUGGAGCCCGACGAGGAAGGCCAGUAUCUGUGGGAGCAGGUGGAGCUCAACUCUCCCGUGCUGAGCCUGGGUGACCCGAAUGUGCUGCGGGUGCUGGACCGGGCCACGCGGCUGCUGAAGCAGGAGUGCCGGCUCAAGGUCAACAACCGCUGCGCCCUACAAGUCCACGUCGGGUCGAGGACCGACCCCGCCUACACCGCCUUGCACCUGAAGAAGCUUAGGACGCUCCUUUGGCUUGCUGAGGAAUACCUGGACCGACUGUGCCACCCCAGUCGGGGCUGGGCGGACAAGCGGACCGUGUCCUGGACGAACAUGUACCGGCCCAAGCUGAGUGCCCGGUCGAGGCUCGCCGAGAUGGAUGUCAUCUGGACGGCGGAAGUGGCGAGCGACCUCCUCGAGGACCAUAGGAAGUGGAUGGGGGAGGCGGUCAGGCAGGCCCCGCCCAACGUGGAGCUCAAGAGGCGGUUCAUGGUCUUGUGGAGCGACAAGAAUAGCACCGUUGAUGCCGUUGCACACUUGCUCGUUGCCGAGAACGAUUAUGAGAGGCUGGCAUACAACCUCAGGGGUCUGUAUCGCUCGGCGGUGGCGCCGACGACUAACUCCCAGUACAAGAAUACCAUCGAGUUCCGGAUGAUGGAAGGCACGCUGAACCCAAACACGGUAGUCCACUGGGCCAAAGCAUGCGCCCAGAUAGUGCAGUGGGCCCGGGACGCCAGCGAGGCCGACUUCGGGCGCGUGGUGUUCAACCUCCUCCUCCGGGUUCAGGCCAGGGCCGGGCUCGGGACAGAUGAUCUCGGCGAGCGCGCUCUGAGGCUACUGGAGGACGUGGGAUGCGAGCCCGCCACCGUCGGGCACUUUGGCGAGAAGAUGCACGGGGGCCACCACUUGCGCUGCUGCGAUCACUCGGGCCCCGAGCUGGGCGACGUCGUGCCCGCGCGGUGCCGGGUCGGGGGACAUAAUGCGGAUGCGUUUUCUGCGGGGGUGUAG